AUGACGAAACCCAAAAUCAUUUGGCUGGGUUUAGUUGUGACGGUGAGCUUGAGUGUGCUCACUUACAGUGUUACUGUUUCUCAUACCAGGCAAAAUGCUCUAAUUAGAGCGGCCCGGGCGGAAUCCGAGACCCAGUUCGCGCAGACCAAUGGUUGGGGAAGUAAAGCAAGGAAGCUUCCCCUGAUCGGCCGUCUGGUCUCGUCUCCUCCAUCCUGCUCCUUCCCGGAUGAGAUCCCCGUCUGGCGGCUGGUUAUGGCUAGCCUGAUGAAGGGAGCCAUCCUCGCUACUACAGUUUCUGUCCUUCUAUCCCUGCUGAAAACUUACUUUGCUUGGCCUCAUUAUGGUCUUAAGCCCGACGAUAUGAAACACAAAUCAGACCAAAAGGUCUCCAUAAAAAAGAAACACAAAAAAAAGAGACCAAAGUCUUUAGAGGAAAAGGCGAUAGAGGAACAGGCGUUGGAGGAAAAGGCACGUUUGAAGGAGGAAAAGGCACGUUUGGAUGAGGAAAAGGCUUUAGAGGAAAAGGCACGUUUGGAUGAGGAAAAGGCACGUUUGGAUGAGGAAAAGGCUUUAGAGGAAAAGGCACGUUUGGAUGAGGAAAAGGCUUUAGAGGAAAAGGCACGUUUGGAUGAGGAAAAGGCUUUAGAGGAAAAGGCACGUUUGGAUGAGGAAAAGGCUUUAGAGGAAAAGGCACGUUUGGAUGAGGAAAAGGCUUUAGAGGAAAAGGCACGUUUGGAUGAGGAAAAGGCUUUAGAGGAAAAGGCACUCUUGGAUGAGGAAAAAGCUUUAGAGGAAAAGGCUUUGGAAGCUUUCUUCGCCGACGUCGCCGCCCGCGCGCAGGAAAUAAUAGAGUUAUAGUAGGACUACUUCAACUAGCUGAAUGAUGAAACUUGUAACGAAUAUCAAAGUUUUUGACCUCAAAUUUACCUCAACGAGUAAAUCCGGAUCGAGAAUGAGCGACAGCAAUGGUAAGUGCAUUUACCUAUGCGACACAAGACUGCAGAACAGAAAAAGUUAAGGAAAGGGAAAUGAGAGAGCCCAAUCGGUUAGUGUGCCUAAGGGGGCAUUUGAAUGGUUUUCGAUCCAAAUAUGCAAUAAAUGAAAACUGGUUCGAUUUCAAUCAAAUUUUUUUGACGAGUUUUAUAUGAAAAGAGUUUCAUCUUGUCCAAGUCUCAUCAUCGAAGCAUAAAUAGGAAGGGAGAAAAAAAUAUUGAAGUAGGUGUCAAAAUUAUUCCAAAAUGUUCAAAAACGAUUAUCAAACACAAGUGUCAACUGAAAUCAUACCUAUGACUCUCAGCUAUCACAAUAGCAUAUAUUAGAAGAAUAUUAUAAUUAGUAUUAUUAGAAAAAUAAUUAAG